AUAUUUGCUAUAUAUAUAUUGCUUUCGUUUGCUAUGAACGUUUUGUAUUGUUCUAUUUAUAUGAGAAUUUUAUAAACAAUUUAUUACGCCGAAUGAGUGUUAAAACUGGAAAAAGGAAUUGAAGACGAUGCUAUGAAUGUUCACAUAGGAAGCAGCAGACCGCCCGACGUUUGAUUCUAACGAGAGUACCUUACCUCCUAAAAGUACAGGACGAACAUUCAGAGAUGGCAUUCGGAAAAUAGAUCUAAUCCUAGUGAUGAAAGAUGAAGAAAACAUCGUAGCUGACCCUAUGAAAAACACUUUUCUAACCAACAUUGUUAAAAUGGGAUUAGAAAUUGAAUUUGAAAAUGGAGUGUUGCCGAUUCACAAUAAGUUAAUAUUUUUUAAAGUGCAUUGUCCGAAUGAUGUUCUGAACAAUUUAGGAAAUGCUUUUGGUGUAAAGUGUCUUCAGAUUGCUCGUGCCGAACACAUAAUGUCACAUAAAGAACGCGAGUGGAUAAAUUUAAUAAGAAAGCAGUACACACAACCAUUGCAAUACUCGAGCUUAGAGAGAAGCCUUGUUGUUUAUAUGACCUUGCUGAACGUUCCAUUUGGAGACCGACAAAACUAUAUAGGACUGGAAAGGUUAAUAAAACGCAAGGUAGUAAUAGAUGCAUACGCGUUGCAUGACGGGCCGUAUUACAUUCCACAAGACGCUACAAAUAUUAAUGCUCGUCAGAUCCUAUUUUAUAAUUGGGCCGGUAUAUCGAAUAUAUUAACGAGACAGCCAUUAAACGUGGUGCAUGAAUACUUUGGGCCAAAGAUUGCCACGUACUUCGCUUAUUAUGGACUUUACAAUCUAUUUCUAACAAUUGCGUCCAUAGCAGCUCUUACAGCACUCUUCUUGGCUGUAUUUCUAAAUGAAAACUAUAUGGAGGUGAGAUCACCACUUUGCGAAUCCUAUGAAUCUAUAUGUUCUGAUUGCCCAAAAGCUCAAGAUUUAGAUUUUUGUUAUAAUACACCUGUACGGAACUUUUGUAAUAUGUAUACAAUAUACAUAUUAACAGAUAAUAAGUAUACACAAUAUUUCGCAACAUUCAUCAUUCUCUGGGGUGUCUUUUUGAUUGCGUAUUGGAUUGGAAGAGAAAAAUAUUUGAGCUGGAUAUGGGAAACCCAAAAUAAGGAGUACAAUAAAAAACAAACAAGACCGGAAUUCCAGAUGCAUCUUGAAACAGCUGGGAAAUCAAACAAAACGGGCAUUACCAUGACUGGUAAAUCGUACUAUGCUGAAAUAAUAAAUUUAAUUUGUUAUAUUGUUGUCAUUUUAUUGACUGUAUUAGUUUUUUCUAUCUUUUUAAAACUAAGAAAGGAGCAAGACAGAGACUACAUCAUACGUAAUAAUAUUACUAAGCCAGAAACACUUAUUCCGAAAUUGAUUUAUACUAUGAUUGGAUUCGUCAUAGUUCUCUUUAUCAUUGAUCUCAUUCUUAGCAGAGUUGCGUAUAUAAUAGUUCAAAAAGAAAAUCAUAGAACCUACGAAUCGUACAGCCGGUCCCUUGUAGUACACCUUUAUACAUUGUGUUUCCUUCUGCCUAUGAUAGUGCUUGGGUACUUUGGAUUUCAUUCGGGUAUUUUCAAGUUAUACAGUGGUUUUGAAAGAGAAGUUAAUAACUCAAAAUCAUAUGAACGAAUAAUAGUUUUUAACAUGUGUGUGAUGACAUCAUGCGUCUACGAGCUUGCCAUUGCAUAUACAAUUGUUCUAUUUCUAAGAUUUGUGAUAUUGAGAAAAGUGUCACUAUACACAAGUUUGACUGAUUAUAAUCAACGUACGAUAGUGCAAAACGUUCCGUGCUGGGAGAGAGAAUACAUUUUACCUCCAUUUAAAGAAAGUUACCUAGCAAAGAAAAUGACAAUUCUUGUAAUGCAGUUCACCUUGAUCAUGUCCUUUGGUUUUGCGUCUCCGCCCGCCAUAGUGAUUGUAUUGUUGUUCAAUAUGUACGAUAUGAGGCGGGACGCAGAAUUAUGUACACUUCAUUACCGAAGACCUCUGCUUCUGAAAAACAAUUCUUUUCACAUAUGGACGGAAAUUUUAAAACUUAUGGUUUAUUUAUCCAUCAUUGUUAAUGUUGUGUCAUUAGUAUGCUCCACAGAUACUAUCGAAGCAUAUUUAAUUGAGCAAAGAAGGCCGGUCGGUAAAACGGUUUUAAACUUUUUAGAACUCUUUUUUCGGCAUGAACAUACCAAGCUUAUUUAUGACAGCAAGCGACGUUGGUUAUGCUGUCAUGCGCGAGGAUUCUUUCAUGUGUCGACGGAUAAUUUCGACGCAAAAAUAAAAAAAGAAACAAUAUUAACUAUCGACGAAUUAAGAACUCAUCAAUAUGCCUAUAUAUUUAUUUUUGAGAUUAUAAUGACUGCAAUAUUUAAGCUGAUGCAGUACAUAUUCUCAACUGAUGUCGAAGAACUGGAGAUUCCAAAAAAAGUAACACAACAACAGAGUGAAGCCAAAACUUUACAGGGUAUUACUUAGUGAAUAAAAUAAAA